AUGAUAUCUUGGGAUAAUCUGUUACUUUGGCAUUCUGGUGGUUUUAUUCUUCAACCUCUAGUCUGUUACUUUUCUAAUGGCUGUGCCCCACCCCCGCCCCCCAACAAAAUCAUAAAUAAUAAAAGGAAAAAAGGAAACGGAAAAGAAAAUUUGAUUGUAUGUGUAUGCAUCUGUUCCUCUGAUUUGAAUACAUUAGGAAGGAUAUAUUUUCUUUUGUUAUAUCAGGAAGCGGCUGAAGUGGAGGAGGAGGAGGAAGAGUCUGAAGAGGAGGUAGAAGACGAACAGGAGAAGAAGAAAGGCACUCAGGGAAUUAUUGAGAUUGAGAAUCCUAAUUUGGCAAAAUCAAAGAAUGUGAAGGCUAAAGAUGCUGAUAUGGGGAGAACAACUGAACUCUCGAGACGUGAAAG